AGCAUAGCUAGAGCAUACCAUGGAGGUAGCUGAAACAAGGGAUAGGCUAGCUAACCUGUCCAUAUCAGGUACCCCUCACAAACAUGGCUCCGAGACAACCCGGGUGCGGCUACCCUCUGGGGAAGAGAAAGACGUCUCCCAUAGUGACCAGGCCAGGUUUAACAAGUUCAUCACCAAAGGGAAGCAAUUGGCCAAUGAAGGACGUAUCCGAGAGGCUCUAGACCUGAAUAGACAGGCGCUGAAAAUAUAUCACAGUGAAAAACUGGCUAAGAGAAUAGCCAAAAUGGAGGCUUAUUUAAAGGAAUAUGGGGAAGAAGAUGGUAGUGAGGAUGAUGGAGAUGACACAGAUGCAAUGAAGCAUGUUGGAGAUGGCUUCUAUUUGUACAAAGACCUGUAUGAAAAGCUGUACAGUCACCAAAAAGCAGGGGUACUGUGGCUGUGGGGCCUGCAUCAGAAAGGCAAAGGGGGAAUUCUGGGGGAUGACAUGGGUUUGGGGAAGACGAUUCAGGUGAUAUCGUUUCUGUCGGGAAUGUUCGAUGCAGACAAAGUGAAGACAGUGCUAGUGGUGUUACCUGUAUCUUUGAUGUCGGUCUGGGAGAGAGAGCUGGACAAAUGGGCACCAGGUAUCCGUGUGGUCUCAUAUCACGGCACCAGUAAGAAAGAGCGAGAGAAAGGACUGGCCAAAAUCCAGAAGAGGGGCGGAGUCUGUCUGACCACGUACGGUUUGGUCGUCUCUAGCUCGGACAAACUUGGUCAAGACCAGGAUGGGCACGAAUUUAAAUGGGAUUACAUAAUUCUGGACGAAGGUCACAAGAUAAAGAAUCCUACAAAAACGGCCAAAGGUGUGAGAGCCAUAGGAGCUGAACAUCGCAUCAUUCUGACAGGGACACCUAUACAGAACAAUCUUCAGGAGCUAUGGGCCUUGUUUGAUUUUGUCCAUCACGGUGCACUGUUAGGAACCUCUCGGACAUUUAAGAUGGAGUAUGACACCCCAAUUACAAGGGCUCGUGAACGAGAUGCCACUGCUGGGGAAAAACGAUUAGGAUCAGAGAUGGCUGAAAGUCUGAAGAGGAUUAUCUCCCCUUUUUUCCUGAGACGAACAAAAGCUGAAGUGACUGCUAAAGGUGGGGAUAAGGAGAACGAUGACCCGGAUGCUCAAGACUCGAAGUCCGAAAAAGUCCUAGAGAUGCCCCGUUUGACGAGGAAGAACGACUUGAUCAUUUGGCUUUUCCUGACGGAUGCUCAAAAAAAGAUUUACGAGGAUUUUAUUUCACUGGAUGAUGUCAAGGAGCUUCUGAUGACCCACAAGUCUCCGCUUGUGGCAUUGACUGUCCUGAAGAAGCUGUGUGACCACCUGAGGCUACUGUCCACUAGAGCCUGUAUCCAACUGGGACUGACCGCUGAUGAGAAGUUCGAUGUGGACGACCUGGAUACAGACCAGGGUUUACAGUGUGCGGCCAACCGAAUCCAAUUCAUCCCUGAUGAUGUCUUGAUUAACGAGUCUGGGAAGAUGAUCUUUUUGGUGGAGUUGCUGGAUAACCUGAAGGAGAACGGACAUCGUUGUUUGGUGUUCUCUCAGUCCACAAAGAUGUUAAACAUUAUUCAGAAAGUCAUUGCAAACAGGGGUCACAAGGUUAUGAGACUAGAUGGCAGUGUAAUACAGGUAUCAGAGAGACAAGAGAGGAUUUCCAGAUUCCAGAAAGAUAACAGUUACUCAGUGUUUCUCCUCACCACACAGGUCGGAGGUGUUGGACUGACCCUGACAUCAGCAGACAGGGUUGUCAUUUAUGACCCUAGUUGGAACCCGGCCACGGACGCCCAGGCUGUGGACCGUGUGUUCAGGAUUGGCCAGGACAAGAACGUGGUCAUCUACCGGCUGAUUACCUGUGGAACGGUCGAGGAGAAGAUCUACAGGCGACAGGUGUUCAAAGACUCCAUCACAAGGCAGACGACGGGCAACGCCAAAAACCCAUACAGGUACUUCACGAAACAGGAACUGAGGGAGUUAUUCUCACUGGAUAAUGCACAUUUCUCCACAACCCAGAAACAAUUGGAGGAGAUGCACGGAGCCCAUCGCUCCUCAGACUGUGAGCUGGACGCUCACAUUGCCUACCUGCAUUCACUAGACAUCUUCGGCAUUAGCGACCAUGACCUGAUGUUUAAUGUGGACCCAGAGGAGGAGGCUACUUGUGUAGAGGGAGAGAAUGAUUACAUUCAGAGCAGGGUACUGAAAGCUCAGCAGUUGUUACACAUGGAAUCUAACCUGAGUAGUGAUAUCAGGGCACAGAUGGAGAAGAAUCCACGGGCUAUGGAUGUGGACCCCUCGCUCAAGACCAACCAGCCGCCACGACCCCGGCCCCCGAAAGCCCCACAAAUGACGCCGUUUGGAGAGGUGAUUAUACUGGACAGUCCCUCUAAAGAGGGCAAAAGACGCAGCAGAUCACCUAAGCCAGCCGCAGACCAUCAGUCUGCAAUGUACCAGAACCUGUCUGAUGAUGAACAGGUGAACGUGAGCUCAUCAAGUGUUGGAUCCCUUCACAGUGGUGAAUCUGGCAUCAACCAGCAAGUCCUAAUCAAACAGGAGCCAAUCAAAGAAGAGACUGAGGAGCAUGACGAAUACAUGGGAUCUGCUGGUAGCCAUGGUUACUACAGAGAUGCAGACAUGGCAGACGAAGAGUUCGAUAACAAGGAGAAUGUUCGGAUAAUCCCCGAUUUGUUGAGCUCAGAAUUCGGAAUGAAUGCUCUUGAGAGUGAGCAGAAACCCCUGCCAGCAGUUAACUGUGGGACAUCACCAAGACAGGAGAGUCGUACGCCUGGUAUGAAUGUUCUGAGUGAUACCACAAACAUGUUGAUGGCUUCACCAAGCAACAUGCCACAGCAAGACAAGAGGUCACCGAGGGCUCUGCACCGGACUCCAGUGUCUGUGAGUGCUACACCAAAGUGUACACCUCGAACACAUGGACAAACGCCUAGGUCUGUAAAUCAAACUCCAGGAACAGUAGGACAGACACCCAGGUCUGCAAAUCGAACACCCAACUUCCAGAGGCUCAUCAAAGAAGAGAUCAUUAUUUCUCCUGACGCCUCACGUCCAAUCAUCAAGAUUGAGCCAUCUUCACCAGAGGAAAGACAGCCGCCAUGCCCCCCGCGGCGAUUCCGUCACAACAGCUCUGACCCAAUAACCUGUGUUCUUGACCUUCAGCCAGAUGAGCUGCCUGAGGUCAACGACUCUCCACUCAGGAACCCAGCCUUGUACACAACAAUCGUGGAGGACUCACCCGACACCAGCGAUCUGCAGAUUCGUAGGCGAAGUAACGGGAGGAGACAGUCUCGUCUCUCUGUCGGUCACCCGAGAGCCUUCACAACCGUUUUGGACUCGGUGGAAAACUCGCCCGCCAUUGAUGGAGAGUCUGGCCAAGAAUCCCCAAAUGUGGUUACCAUGGUGACAGAAAGUGACGAGGAGGUGAUCGGGGAUUCUGGUUCUGAGGAAGUGGAAGAGAGCAGUUUGAGUGUUUCUGCCACAAUGGCUACAGAUGUGAUCGGUGAUACGUCGAAUGAGGAGGAAGAUGAGGUAGAACAUGGUCCCCAACAUAGCUCUAGCAGUCCAGACCCUUCCUCCAAAACCAGGCCCAAGAGGACGAGUUUACCUGCAGCCACGAAAGGACAGGGCAGAAAGUCAGGAGAAAAUAGCAGCAAAAAAACAACAGAAAAUACAAAGAGAAACUCCCUAACAGGUGGAGCUAGGAAAUCUACAGAAUCUGGAAAUGAAAGAUCUGUUGGAGCUGGAAAAAGACAGUCUCUAGGACCUGGAAAAAGACAGUCUCUAGGACCUGGAAGAAGACAGUCUUUAGGAACUGGAAACAGACAGUCUCUUGGAGGUGGAAAAAGACAAUCUUCAGGAGCUGGGAAAAGACAGUCUCUUGGAGGUGGAAAAAGACAAUCUUCAGGAGCAGGAAACAGAAGAUCUACAGAAACUAAAGCCAGAGAGCCUGUAGACAAGCAAAGGCAGUCUGGUAGGAAAUCCUUACCAGGAAAGAAGAGUAAGAAAGAUGCAAUGGAAAGUGAUGACAUGGCAGAAGGCAGUGACUCCAUAGAGCAGAGCGAAGAGGACAGUGAUGGUCCAGUCAUGCAGAAGAAGGCCUCUAGGGGACGGCGAAGGGUUGUGACAUCUUCAGAGGAUGAAGAGGAGGCUGACGAAAUGAUGACGAAAAAGAAUUCCACUGAGAAGACGAAAAAGAGCAAAGGUGCUCAGAGGGUGGAGAGUUCCUCAGAAUUUGUCGGGGACAGUGAGGAUGCAGAGGGCACUGAGGAUGAGGAAGGAGAGGAUAUAAAAACAGAUGAGGACUCUUUUAUUGAUGAUGAGGAUGAAGUCAGCGAGUCCUCCUCAUCAGAAGGUUCUACAGAGGCUGGGUCUUCAGAAGGUGAAGAGUUUGGAAGUGAAGACGAUUAUGACAGUGAAGACGAUGAUUUUGAUGAAGAAGAGGACCCUGUACCAGAGGAGAAGAGGGAUGAGUUUUUUAAACUGUACACUAAGGCUAGAAAGCUGUACAAGUCCCGUAAAUAUGAAGAGGCUUUGGUGCCACUCCUGAAGGCAAUACAGAUAUACCCUGACCCCGAACUACAGGCCAUGGCGCUGAAAAUACACAAGAAGGUGAAGUCGUAGAUACAGACGCCAGAUAUUGACAACCAGAACAUAGGGAUGAAAAUAUACACGAAGGUGAAGUCGUAGAUACAGACAACAGAGAUAGACAACCAGAACAUGGGGAUGAAAAUGUACACGAAGGUGAAGUCGUAGAUACAGACGCCAGAGAUUGACAGCCAGAAUAUAGAGCUGAAAAUACACAAGAAGAUGAAGUCGUAGAUACAGACGCCAGGGAUUGACAGCCAGGACAUAGAGCUGAAAAUACACAAGAAGGUGAAGUCGUAGAUACAGACGCCAGAGACUGACAGCCAGAACAUAGAGCUGAAAAUACACAAGAAGGUGAAGUCGUAGAUACAGACGCCAGGGAUUGACAGCCAGAACAUAGCGCUGAAAAUACACAAGGAGAUGAAGUUGUAGACGGAGAUGUCAAAAACUGACAUCGAGCUGUUCAUCACUGCUUUCAUAGCAAACAUCAUUUAAUUUGUCGAAGCUUUUCAUCUAAUAGUGCUAUAAAAUGUAAAAUGUUCCUGUGAAGUGUUCAAUUUCUUCCCAUAAUGCAUUAGACUUCCUUUUGCUGGCAUGUUUAUAAAGUGUUAGGAUUUUGGAUUCGUGUAACUUGUCAGCCUCUUCUGAAGCGAAAUAAUGCUCUGCAGUUGCGGUCCAAAAUAUAUUCAUACUCAUUCUUGUCAAAGAUGACAUAUUGCUCAUUGCAAGGUGGGACAUC